CUGAACGUCCAGUCGGCUUCUUAGCAAAACAGUAGAAAACGCGGAACGGGAGAGAGUCGCAAUCGUGGAACGACGUGUUGCUUCGUUUUUACAUGCUUAUGUUCGAGAAGUAGCAAAACUCACGAACGCGUCUUUACCGUGAUAGGGUAGCUCUCGCGCGUGCUGAAUACGACGCGACGACGGCGACUUAUUCUUCCGGUUCCUUUGUCAUUCACGUACGAAUUUUCGCGCGCGCCCGUGCCCGCGCUCUUCGGCUCGCAAGCACCCAAUUUCAUGUAAAUGUCCCGGGUACGCAUAGUGGUUACACGAAUCAGAUUCCACACGACGACGUGGAAUUAUGUGCAUGGAUGUCCAGUUUAACGAGAAGAUGGGCGACAAGAGCACCGACGAGGACGUACAGAUCAUUGAGGCAUUCAUCAACAAAGGGAAUCGCGAAUCGACGCGUCACUUCCGGACAUGGACUGGCUACUGAUCGGUAUACGCGUCAAGUAUCAAUAUCAGGGUAUUGGAACACAUCUUCGGAGACGAUGGCAUCGGCACGUUCGGCGGGACGUCGCGCUGUCACUGCCGCGCGGUCGACCGUCCGACCGUCGUCGACGCGAGGCGUCGCGUCGCAUCGCGUCGCGUCGAGUCAGGCGAGGAGCCGAGGAGGAGGUGCCCGCGCGCUUUAAUCCCAGGAAUACCGAGGCCGGUUCGAGCGCGGGCCGGCGAGGACGACACUAGCGAGAGAGCGCGAGCUUGAUAUCUAGCUAGCGUUGUAUGUACAGUCAGUACAGUCCGCGCAGAGAGCAGAGAGUGUCGCUCGCGUAGACGUAUGUAACUAUGUACGCGGUCUAGACCAUGCUAGGAGAUGCCUAGUAUCCCCGCAGAGCCGCGGGCGGUCGACAGCAAUUCGAUCGACAGCACGUCACCGUACAGCCUGAAAUCGAGGUUUCGCACCGAAGACCGGGAACGCGCGCGCGCGCGCGCGCGAUAGCAUGGCGCUGUCCUCGUUUGAGAGUGUCUUUGGGACAGCUCCGGCGGUUCGCGAAGCUACGCCCGGACGACGAGUAUGUACGUAGUCGGCGGUGGAGCGAUACCGUCUACGUAUGUACAUCUACAUCCCGUUCUUCCCCUGUUUUACCCUCGACGUAUCGAGCGCGAUAGUGGUGGUAGCGGUGGUGGCGGCAGCGCGCUGCUGGUGCUGGUGUCGGUGUGGAGGCGGCGGCGGUGGGUUAGUAACGAUGAUGAGAAUCUUUCGCGCCACCUGGUAUAAGAGUGUCGGCGCACAAAGUGAAACGUCGUCGUCGUCAUCCUCGUCGUCGUCGUCCUCAUCGUCGAGGGAAAGCGUGAAAACUGCAAGAGUCGACGCGAGUACCUAAACCCCGCAACUAGAGGGAACGACUACAGGGACACGACUUUCCUGUGCUGCUGAUCAUACGGAUUGUUCACAAUUCCGCCGAUACGUCAUCUUCGUCCUUCCGCUCCUCUCCCCUCUGUCGUGUAACAUGGGUCGCGCGCGAUACCGUCGGCGGUGCGCGUAGGUGGACGAACGAAGCUGCUGCUACUGCUGCUGCUGCUGCUGCUGCUGCUGCAUGUUAUAACCUCAACGGAGGGAACAUUGUGGCGUGACGGGAUCGCCUCAGCUGCACUGCGAAAUGUAAUUUCGCGCUAUUCAAUCCAAGGGUGACCUUCUUGAACGUCGAGGAUGAGGAACGGCUUCACCGACAUACCGGUCGCGAGUGCCGACAGCAGCACGGACGCCAUAUGGCUCGAGAAGAGCAGUCCGUCGCGGAUGGCACCCGAACGAAUGUCACUGAAUUUUGAGAAAGUCGUCGUCAAGCAAGAACGUCCAGACGAUGCGGAAAUUCGUGAAUUGGCUGCCAAAAUGGUGGAAGCACACAAGGCGAAAAUGCUGGCGAACAUGCCAGCAGUACAACAACAACAACAACAACAACAGCAGAGGCAGCAGUGUCUUAUACCGCAGCCUAAUCUUCCCGGUAUUCUUGGAUAUCUGCACAAACGACCAACUGAUGGAUCGUCCGCUCCGAAAUCGUCGACCGGUGGUUUGGAAAGUAAAGUGCCGACGCCGGACGACGACAGCCAGCGGGGACGAUUCGGUUGGACGAGCUUCGACGAAUGUCACAUACCUUAUAUAUUUCGCUCCGGUGAAAAGUAUUGCGCCGUACGCAUCCUAGAAUCUAAGCUUCUCAACAAGUACCUGAGUUUUCUUCAUUCGGACAUCUAUAGUUGCACAUGUAUAAGAAGUUAUUACAUUACGGAGGCCGAGAGCAAGUUGUUUAACGAGAUUAACACCAAGCACUGCGAGAAUCAAUUCGGGAGGGACGUGUUUACGUGUAAGGAUCUGGUGGUGCGUUUAUCGGACGCCAAGGAAUUUUAUACAUUUCUCGAUGUGUGUUAUACCAAACUAACCGCCGGUACCAAUCCGAACGUGACAAGCGGACGCAAAGCGGAGAAAUGUGGUUUCAUACGAAUAAACAAAGAGUCUGUAGUACCUUAUACAGUAAAGGAUAGUUUGCAAUAUGUGCCGCUGUUUUAUUUCGAGGGCGAGACGGAAAAUCUCAAGCUAAAAGCGGAAAAGCUUGAGGGCUGGGAUUUAUCAUAUUUGAAAUUUUGCUGCAAAGUACAGGGUAUACGUAAUGAACUGUUUGCGAGUGAAACGUGUUCGGUAAUCAGUUUGAGUGACAUUAAGAGUUACUUUCCACCGGGUACCGGCUUCGAGGACUACUGGCCGACCAAAGUUAUGGACUCACAGUUAUUGGUGAACAGCAACGGAAGUGGUACCGGUGGUGGAUGGACAAAACAGCCACCUACACCGCCGGCAACUAAACCUCCCUCUGUGCAAAGCGCGAAUAAAGUGGCACCAUCUCUAAACACGCGUACCGUACCGAUGCCUAAUAUGAUGCCACGGGGGACUGUCGCGAGUACGGCACCGCAGAUGCCGCGAAUAGGACAGCCGAGGCCUGUAGUGACGCACCCCGCGCAUUCCUCCCCAUCGGGACUUCCCACCGGUAGAUCAAAUAUGCCGGUAGUGUCGCAGCCUAUGCUGAAUACCGUUCAAGGUGUGGUUAACGGCCAUUGGUCAGGCCUCGUUGGUGGUCAACCUACCUUUCAAACGGCACUCAAUCCUCAGGCCAGCAUUAUACGAGCGACUUUGAACAAUGUGAUGCACAACCCACAGAUGACAACUGCUCCCAAAAGCUAUUCUCAACAGUCUAGAAGUAGAGGGAGCAGUAGUGGAGCAGCAGCUCAGUAUCCUGGGGUAUAUUCGACAACAAGUAUGCAAGGGGUUGCUCAAGUCCAACCACCUCCUCUUAUACGAGCAACUGUUCACUCCAAUCAACCGAAUCUCGGUUAUCCCACCUAUGGGAAGGAUGACUGGGUGACCACGACAUAUACAACACCUACGUUAGGUGUACCUAAUGCAGUUACAGCAACUACAUAUCCACAAAUGCUUGGUUUAAGCGAACAAGUCCAAGCUUUAAUGCCAGUACCUACAUCAGCACCAAAUUUAUUACAUCCACAAAGGCAUACGCCAUCUGUGCAUAACACAUCUCAUUCGAAAUAUCCACCUCCUCUGAUACCAGUUAAUGGUAGCAGCGGCAGCGGCAACAGUAGUAGCGGUUCCAGGGAUACCCGAGGGAAGAAACCACUAAUACCAAUAUCGGAUCCACAACAUAUUACUACUUGUCAUGUACAACCAUACCAAAUACAGAAAGCAUUACUUGAAGAAAAGAUGGUACCCUGUAUUAAUUUCAAACCUUACAUCUAUAGCGAAUUGCUGAUGACACUUCCUGACUUCGUUUCCAAUUUUUUUCCUGCUUGUGACAUCGAGAGUUGUAGACAAGUUCUUACAGAUGUACUACAUAUAGAAUUAUAUCAAGGAAAUAGACUGCAAAUGAAGAUGUUAAUGGAAGCAGGCAAAUGUUCUUCAUUAACAGAAGAUCUACCUUUAAUCCAUAUUAGGAGUAUAAUGAAAUACAUGCCACAAUUCAAGUAUAUGUUCAAUAGAGGAGAUAUGGUCAUGCCUUCCCUAGCUCAUUCGUCCGAAGAGCACCCUGCCAAAAAGCGUCAACGUACCAGCUAGGAUUGGCUACAGCCUUACUGGCCUACUUAUGACUAUUAUCAUUCGGCAUUUUAAAGCCGAUAUCUCAUAAUCGUAUUUUGGAACGCCUUUGAAAGUUAGGUGCAUCUCAAAUACAAGUAUAUAACGUCGCGUAUGAUGCGCGACAAAAUUUACAUUGAUUCUGACGAAUUCAAAGUGUAAAGUGACACAGUGGUGAGAGCUAUUUCUUUCUCCAAAGUGUAUUGAAGAGGACGUGACUGUAAAUAACAUUGAAACGUGUAAAUUUAAAAUAUGAUUGACAAUUCAGAUUUGCUUUCUACGUAGAAAGAUUUAUUUCAAUAGUCGGCAUUAGAUGUCGCUUUCAAUCCAAUUUUCGUGUAAACGUCCAUUCUUUUCGUAUCUUGACAAUGAAUCGCCGAAUAUGCGUAAUUAUAGCGUUCUGUGGCUUGGGAAAGACGGUACACAUAUAAUUAAAUUGUAUCUUUUGCCAAAUUGUCAUCAAAAUUUUUUUGAGGUGGACCGCUAUUGAAACAAAGCACGCUUUACUUGCGUGCAACUGUUAUUUGUCAAGAGAAGAACGAUAAAGGAGGGAAUUGUCGACUCGAAAAUCAAGUCGAAAGUUGCAUCUGACGUCAAUCAUUGAUUUACUUUAUUUCUAUUUUUGAGAGAUCUGUUAUAAUGUAAAAAUUAUUAUAUUGUUACACAAAAUAGACCUAAAAUAGAGAACGGUCUUAUUUUCAAAUUAAAUGUAUCCUAUCAUUCCACAUAUACACGUACUAUUGUCCCUCUCUUCCACACACACACACACACACGCACGCACGCACACGCACACACGCGCGCAAAAACACGUGAGUGUGCAACAUAUAAACAUUUCAUGUCUACCUCUUUGCACAACAAUGAAUACUAUUCUUUUAGACUUCAAUUUUACGUGUGUUCUUAUUGUGCAUUAGUAUCUUGUGUGUAUAAAAAAGUAAAAGUUCUAUUUUAAAGAAAAUUCGGAGAAAGA